GUCUCGCAUUUGGGCGAUCAGAGGAUCGUCUACCAGGAGACCGGACGACAGGUGCCGGUGGUUAACGGUCAGCGAAUCAUUGGCUACCAAAUCGGGAGCCAAAUCCCGCAACAACAACAACAACAACAGAUAGUGUACCCACAGGUGCAACAGUACGGACAGUACGUCCCGCAGACAAUCCCCGUCUCCGAUCUCCAGCAAUACUAUUCAGUCAUCUCACAAAACCCCAUCCAAUCCUACGACCAAUACGUGCCAUACUUCUCGCAGAACCCAUCCAUAAACACCCAACCUAUCCAAUAUACCCCACAAAUUGAACAGCCCGUCCAGUAUGGAGUGCAAGGCCAACAGGUAGACCAGGAGCAGCCCAUUCAAUAUGGACCCGUACAGGGUGUACAACAGGUACGAGUUCAGGAGGACUUGUCGGUCAAUAAUAGGGGUCAAGACAUUAGGAUUAAUCCGUUGUCAGUCGACCAGAGAGUACAACAGAGACCAACACUUUUGAUUAACUCCGGCGUUAAGAGUGCUAUCAAUGUCUAGGAAUAAUACAAUGAAAUUGCAAUUG